CCAAAUCCCUCAACGAAAUUACCAGUAACAUUUCAUAUAGCUCUCUCGUUUCUCUAGAUCCCAAUUUUUGUUCCGAUCAUCUUUCCAUUUCCAAAUUCUACUUCUGGUUUGUGGAAUUUGAUCUUGUUUCUACAUCAAUGGCUACUGAGGAGCCAGUUGUGGCGGUGGAGUCUGCGGCAGAGCCGGCCAACGCUGAACCAGCCGGAGAAAGUCCUGUGAAAAAGGCCGGGAAGUCGAAGAAAUCCAAAGAAUCUAAAGAGAAGAAGCCUGCUGCGCCUAAAAGAUCUAGAAAUCCCCCAACUCAUCCUCCAUAUGAAGAGAUGAUUAAGGAUGCGAUUGUCACGUUGAAGGAGAGGACUGGUUCGAGUCAGUAUGCGAUUACGAAAUUCAUUGAGGAGAAGCAGAAGCAACUUCCUCCGAACUUUAAGAAGCUUUUGUUAUUCCAUUUGAAGAAACUUGUUGCUUCCGGGAAGCUGGUGAAGGUUAAGAGCUCGUUCAAGCUUCUGCCAGCGAAAUUGGCAGCUUCGAAGCCUGCUUCUCCUGCGAAGAAGAAGCCAGUUGCUGCCAAGCCGAAACCUAAAGCGGCGGUGAAGACCAAGGCUGUGGCUAAACCAGCAGCAAAGCCGAAACCGGCAGCGAAGCCGAAGCCCAAGACGGCUGCUAAACCCAAGGCUGCUCCUAAACCUAAACCUAAACCUGCUCCCGCCAAGGCAAAGAGCAGUGCGGUUGCGAAGCCGAAAGCUGCAGCGAAGACUAAAGCUGCUCCCAAGCCGAAAGCCAAGGAGAAUCCCGCCAAGGUAGCUAGGACAUCCACGAGAUCCUCACCAGGGAAUAAGGCACCUGUUCCGAAACCGGCGGUGAAGAAAGCACCGGUGGCCAAGAAGGCUCUGGCGAAAAGUGUUAAGUCUAAGAAAGUGAAAUCGCCGGCGAGAAAGGCUCCGGCAAGAAGAGGAAGGAAGUAAAUGAGAUAGAAGGAAACUAGCGGCGGUCCUGUAAAUCCGUUAUCCUUGUGUGGGUGUACAGAGCCUUACAUCCCAUGCUAUAGAGGAAUUUACUUCAGACUUUUCGAGUUUCUUUUACUUGUUUACUUGUAGACCUUUUUCCCAAGUUGAUGUAUCACUCAGCUUAGUUUUUAAUGGAAAUUCUGUGAUCAAUUAGGAGCGUCCA